UUCCCCUCUUAUGUAGUCUAGUGGUGGUGGUGGCAGUGGUAAUUAUGAAGACAGUUCUUGAUGAGCUUUCAUUUGACGGGAAUGGGCGGGCCACUACAACAUCCCUUCCAGUUCACUUAUGCAAACUAGCCCCACUGUUGUACACCGGCCCGGGGAAAUAGCCAACCGUAGGCUACCUGCGGGGAACGCAAGCGUGCGUCCGGCUCCAUUCCUAAACCCAAACGUACGUGCUGACUUCGAAGCUUUGCCGCAAAAAAGGAGACAGCAGAAGAGUGUGCAGAAAGUGACUACUGGCCAUAUGUCAACGAAGGGCAGAAAGUAUCACGAGAGAGUAUCGUUCUCCGAAGAGGAGGAUGAACAGUGUUGGAAAGAGGAAAACGGCUGUGUGGAUGUACAUUACCUAAAAUCCGUCCAAACAAUCCGGGAUUCGUCUGGAUAUUAUGCUUAUAAUAUGAAAGCGGCGGCGGAACUCGAGCUCCCCGCCCACCGGCGGAUGACCGCAGCGCGGGAGAAGGGUCGUCGACCGCAGAUGCGCGGGCCGGCCUUCAUGUUCAACAACCGCACCACCAGCAUGACCGCCGAGGAAGAGCGCUUUUUGGACGCAGCAGAGUACGGCAACAUCCCUGUGGUCCGCAAGAUGCUGGAGGACUCCACCACGCUCAAUGUCAACUGCGUGGACUACAUGGGCCAGAACGCAUUGCAGCUGGCGGUGGGCAACGAGCACCUGGAGGUGACGGAACUGCUCCUGAGGAGGGAUAACCUGGCGCGCAUCGGUGAUGCCCUGCUCCUGGCUAUCUCGAAAGGCUACGUCAGGAUAGUGGAAACCAUCUUGGCCCAUCCAUCCUUCCAGGCCAGCGAGCGACUGACACGGAGUCCGUGUGAGCUGCAGGACGACGACUUCUACUCGUACGAUGAGGAUGGCACGCGCUUCUCGCCCGACAUCACCCCCAUCAUUCUAUCUGCGCACUGCCAGAAGUACGAGGUGGUGCACAUGCUGCUGCUGAAGGGCGCGCGCAUCGAGCGGCCGCACGACUACUUCUGCAAGUGUGUAGAAUGUGCCGAGAAACAGGGCAAAGACGCUUUCAGCCACUCACGCUCACGCAUCAAUGCCUACCGGGGCCUGGCCAGCCCGGCUUACCUGUCACUGUCUAGCGAGGAUCCAGUGCUCACCGCGUUGGAGCUCAGUAACGAACUGACCAAGUUGGCCAACAUCGAGAAGGAGUUCAAGAAUGACUAUCGCAAGCUGUCUAUGCAGUGUAAGGACUUUGUAGUGGGAGUGCUGGACCUCUGUCGGGACACGGAGGAAGUGGAAGCCAUUUUGAAUGGAGAUAUUACUGCUGAGAAGGAGUCGGGGCAGGGCCUUCGCUCUCUCCUGAGCAGGGUCAAACUGGCCAUCAAGUACGAGGUGAAAAAGUUUGUGGCCCACCCCAACUGCCAGCAGCAGCUGCUGACGAUCUGGUAUGAGAACCUGUCGGGCCUGAGGGAGCAGACCAUUGCUGUGAAGUGCCUGGUGGUGGUGGCUGUGGCCCUGGGUCUGCCCUUGCUAGCUGUGGGUUACUGGUUCGCCCCUUGCAGUCGGCUGGGCAAUGCUUUGCGCAGCCCCUUUAUGAAGUUUGUGGCCCAUGCUGCCUCCUUCAUCAUCUUCCUGUGCCUGCUGUUGUUCAACGCAUCGGACCGCUUCGAGGGCAUCAGCACCAUGCCAAACGUGACAGUCACUGACCACCCCAUGCAGAUCUACCGGGUCAAGACCACUGAAUUCAGCUGGACUGAGAUCCUCAUCAUGGUCUGGGUCACAGGGAUGAUGUGGUCUGAGUGUAAGGAACUGUGGACUGAGGGACCAAGGGAGUACAUCCAGCAGCUGUGGAACGUUCUGGACUUCGGCAUGCUCUCAAUCUUCAUCGCCGCUUUCACUGCCCGGUUCUUCGCCUUCCUCCAGGCCACCAGAGCCCAGCAGUACGUCAACGAAAAGAUCCACGCUACCGAUCUCUCCCUAGUGACCCUACCCCCAGAGGUCAAAUACUUCACCUACGCGAGGGACAAAUGGCUGCCGUCAGACCCCCAGCUGAUCUCAGAAGGACUAUACGCCAUCGCCGUGGUGCUGAGCUUCACACGCAUCGCUUACAUCCUGCCGGCUAACGAGAGCUUCGGACCGCUCCAGAUCUCCCUGGGCCGCACGGUCAAAGACAUCUUCAAGUUCAUGGUCCUGUUCAUCAUGGUCUUCCUGGCGUUCAUGAUCGGCAUGUUUAUCCUCUAUUCUUACUACUUGGGUGCCAAGGUCAACCCGGCAUUCACCACGGUGGAGGAGAGCUUCAAGACUCUGUUCUGGUCUAUAUUUGGGCUGUCAGAGGUGUCCUCCGUAGUGCUCAAGUACAACCACAAGUUCAUUGAGAACAUCGGCUACGUCCUCUACGGAAUCUACAACGUGACCAUGGUGGUGGUGUUGCUCAACAUGCUGAUCGCCAUGAUCAACAGCUCCUAUCAAGAGAUCGAGGAUGACGCGGACGUGGAGUGGAAGUUUGCGCGCUCCAAACUGUGGCUGUCCUACUUUGACAACGGCAAGACGCUGCCUCCUCCCUUCAGCAUCGUUCCAACUCCCAAGUCCUUCUACCACCUCAUCAGGUGGAUAGUUGGCAUGCUGCAUUGCCGACGACGAAGCCUGAAGAAGGACGUAGAGCUGGGAAUGGACAGUUCGAAGUCCAGGCUCAAUCUCUUCACCCAGUCCAACCUGCGCAUUGCAGAGUCCCACAGUUUUAACAGCAUCCUGAACCAACCCACUCGCUAUCAGCAAAUCAUGAAAAGACUCAUAAAACGCUACGUGUUGAAAGCACAAGUGGACAAAGAAAACGAUGAGGUCAAUGAAGGUGAGCUGAAAGAAAUCAAGCAGGACAUCUCCAGUCUACGGUACGAACUCCUGGAAGACAAGUCUCGGGCUACAGAGGAGCUGUCCUUUCUUAUCCAGAAACUGAGUGAGAAACUGAAGCUAGGCCCUACAACACGCUUCUACGAGUGACCCCACCGCCACCCCACAGUACAACCAAGCAGCCAACAUCCCAGCAUUUCUCCAUGUACUCCACAGCACCCCCUGGCCAGGUUGUUUUGUAAAAGUAUUCUCUUUGCAAAUCAAAUCAAAGUGUAUUUGUCACAUGCACUGAAUACAACCUUACAGUGAAAUGCUUACUUACAAGUCCUUAACCAACAGGUUUGCAUGAAGUUAGUUUAAACAGACAAGAAAAGCACAAGGAAAGGCAACAGCAAGACGGAUUGUUGCCUCACUAUUUUGGUGUAGGGAGAAGUUGCCUUUAGACUGAUCUUGGGUCAGUUAAGCAUUUAGUUAAGCGUUUCCCCACUAAUGGUUAAGAUUAGGAUUGCAUGAGGGGAAGCUGAUCCUAGAUCUGUACCCAAAUGAAACUUUACCCCAGAGCCACUAUUUUACCUUAAGACAAAAAUGGUGUUACUGUUAUAUAUAUUUAUAUAUCAUUACUUAUUAACAUCUUUUAAGUAAACAAAUUGUGGCAUAAUCUCUUUCAUAAGACAUACUUUAGACAAUGGUUGUUUAGUACUGGUUUUAUCUGUUUCUUUCUCUCGUUAUAGAUUUAUAACCAAACAGGAUGAUUUGACAAUAUUUCCACAUAAAUUCUCUCAUAAGAUAAUCAGUCAUUGAUUAAUGUCAUUAUUAUGUUUGUUACUGAAAACCACCUAGUUGCAAAGCACCUUUUAUUUUCUAUGUAAACACUGUUCUUGUUGCUCUAGUGUUGUGGCUAUUUCGGGGUUCUUACAUUGCGUGUUUUAAAGUUGUGUCCAGCCGUGGUCCUGGAGAGUGUACAUCAGAAUAGAGUAAACUGUACAGGGGGAUAACCAAUGAUCUACAGUACAUUUGGAAAGUAUUCAGACACCUUUGACUCUUUCCACAUUUCUUACGUUACAGCCUUAUUCUAAAACUGCUGAAAACGUUUCAGACAAUUGCUGAAAUCGUUUCAGACAAAACCUCUUAUCAAUCUACAAACAAUACCACAUAAUGACAAAGU